CGAUGGCGAGUCACAAGGAAGGUCAAGUUGCAGGUGAGGUGGAGUUGGAUCAUGGCUCAACACAACGUGUUACUCCUACAGUUAGUGUUGUGGAACUUCAGCAAAACAAGGCAGGAAGGAGGCCAGACCGAGAUGGACGCUAGAUAUCGAAGUGCCUGCAACAUCGACCCAAAUGAGGAGUACAACAUGAAGCACAAACGCAGAGGCCUGGCGCUCAUCUUUAACCAGGAGAACUUUUACUGGCAACUCAGGCUUUACCCUCGAAAUGGAUCCACGGCAGACAGGGACAACCUCAAAAAGAGGUUUGAGCAGCUGGAAUUUGAGGUGAGGACUUACAAUGAUAAGAAACGGGAAGAGGUUCUGCACAUCAUCACUGAAGCUGCUAACGCUAAUCAUGCAGACGCUGACUGCUUCGUCUGCGUGUUCCUGAGCCAUGGCGAAAACGGACACGUUUACGCCCACGACGACAAGAUCGAAGUCCAGGACAUGACGUCUCUGUUCAGAGGAGACAAAUGUCGGAGUCUGGUGGGGAAGCCAAAGAUCUUCAUCCUGCAGGCGUGUCGUGGGGACAAACACGACGAUCCGGUCACUCCCAUGGACAUGGUGGACAGCAAGCAGGUCAAUGAGGUGGUAGUGGACGCCGGUGUGGUGCAAACGCUCCCUGCAGGAGCCGACUUCAUCAUGUGCUACUCAGUAGCUGAGGGUUUCUACUCCCACAGGGAGACAGUGAAUGGUUCCUGGUUUGUUCAGGACCUGUGUGAGCUGCUGAAGCACUACGGCUCCACGCUGGAGUUCACCGAGCUGCUCACACUCAUCAACCGCAAAGUGUCUCAGCGCAGUGUGGGGAACUGCAGAGACCUCUCGGCAAUCGGCAAGAAACAGGUGCCCUGCUUCGCCUCUAUGCUCACCAAGAAGCUCUACUUCAGGCCAAAGCGAGGAGAUUAUGUGUAGUCACUCUCAUCCCCACACACACACACACACACACACACACACACACACACACAGAUUCAGGGACUCUGAUUUAUCUUUAAGCCUUUUUGGAGUUUAUUCAGCAUGAGAGAGAGGUGCAGAUGAACAGCCACAAUGUUUACGAAAGCUUGCAGGGUUUACAAAAAUUGAAAUUAUGGGAGAUUUGCUUUCUUAAAUCUCUACCAGGGAACCAGUGGGAAUGAAUUGUUAUGGCAGGGAACCAAUGGAAAUACAGGGCUGUAUCAAGGGACCAAUGAAAGUAGAGGGUUAUCUCAGAAUUAAUGAAAACAAUGCUAUUUUGGGAAACCAACUGAAAUUGGUGGUUAUGCCAGGUAACUAAUAAGAAAUGCAGGAUAGAUACACAGGAUUAAUGUCAGGAAAUUAAUAAAAGAUAAAGGGUUAGGUUGGGGAACCAAUAAAAAUUGUGCAUUAUCUCAGGUUUCCAUGGAAAACGGAUGAUAGUUCGGAAACAGUCUACAUUUCUCUGAAAAUGUAACCUUAUAUAGAACCAUAUAUAAGGAAAUCAGUAACCUAGGAUUAUAUUAGGGAACCAAUGAACAUGGGGGACCAAUGAAAUGGGAGGGUUAUCGAAAGGGGACCAAUGAAAUGGGAGGGUUAUCGAAAGGGGACCAAUGAAAAUGGGAGGGUUAUCUAAAGGGGACCAAUGAAAAUGGGAGGGUUGUCUAAAGGGGACCAAUGAAAUGGGAGGGUUGUCUAAAGGGGACCAAUGAAAAUGGACCAAUGUAUCUAAAGGGGACCAAUGAAAUGGGAGGGUUGUCUAAAGGGGACCAAUGAAAAUGGACCAGUGUAUCUAAAGGGGACCAAUGAAAAUGGACCGGUGUAUCUAAAGGGGACCAAUGAAAAUUUGUGGUUAAAUCAUGAAACCAAUGGUUGGGGAACAAAUAUAAAUGGUGGAAUAUCUCAGGGAUCCACUCAAAGUGGUUUUUUUUUUUUAUUUUUUAUUUUUAAAGUGAACUAUAUAAAGGAACCAGUAAAAUUGAAGAUUAUGCCAGGCUACUGUCACAUCAAGGCAAGGGAUAUAAAUAAAAACAAAGAGUUAAGUUUGAGAACCAAUAACAAUAGAUGUUUACCUCAGGGAACCACUUAAAACAAAACAUUUUCAGAGGUCUGGGUCAGUCAAAUUUCCAUUGUUCUCCGCAGCAGAGCCUUUCCUUUUCUGCAGAUGCUCUGGUUUCUUAAACCGGUUUAAAACCGGUCCAACAGUGCAGAUAAGUGAACAGACUUAUUCGUUUCACUUCCCUCAUCACACACUGUGAAUUUCCCUGCCAUCUGUGUUGUCAAGGUAUGUGUACACAGGUGGAAUUACAGCCGUUUCCUGUUAAACAAGUUGGGAUUUUCAAGAGUUCAGUCUGUCUGUAGGUUUCAGAUAGUAGCUGAUCUUUAAAAACGUAUUUAAGGUACAUAAGAACUCCGUAACCACUGCUCAACCUUUAAGGGUACCACAGGGAACAAAACUGUACCUGUACAGCACCUUUUUUUUUUUUGUGGUCACUGAACACACACACACCUCAAACUACAGGUGAUCCAGUCAUGUGAGCUUUUCCUUGUAGUCCUGAUGGAUGUGAUCUGAUUUGCGCACGAUAUCAGAAUAGUGCAAUAAGGCUAGUAAAGUAAGUCUCACCUCUUAAUACAGCCACAAGCAGCGAUUUACGGGGUCCAGACUCUCGUCGUAAUUAGCAUCCCCACUGACCGGUUCUUCCCAAGCAUCACCGAACACUAGAGUCCGUAGAUGAACAUCCUGUUUACGUUUCACGAUGGUACUCGAUGCUAACCCUGAGAACUGCCUGUGGAAAGUUAAUUGGCUAACGUUAAUGUAAUGGCCAAAUUUUAUCUUCACUGGACUUCCAGCUCCUGAGAAACGGCUAUUUGAACUCAACCUGACAAUCGCUCAUGAGUUUCAGCUGUUUGAGUAAAUUUAAACUUUAAUUUAAUGCAGUGUGGCAGCCAUAUUCUUAUCGUUCUUGAAAUGUAUAGCCUGCUGAGUAUUUUGUCACCAGUUUCUUGAAGAUAUGCAAAAAAGAACCUCAGACUAGUUAGCAAAAGGUGUGGAAUAUCAAGCAAAUGACCUUAAAUGGUUGCUAAUCUCUAAGUGGAUUUCUAAUGACUGGAUUUCCUUUGGUGCUUGGACCCCUAAUAAGACUCUCAAUGUCUGUUCACAAGCAUAUUUAGGUUUUCUCUUUGGGUUGAUUUAUUGAUUUCAGUUCACAAUCUGAGAUCAAAUCACACUUUGCCACGCUGACCUCUUGUUUGUAAGAAAAGGGAAAUCCAUGUUUUCGUCUCUCGCUCUGUCUUAGUAAUGAAACGUUUUAUUCAGCUGCAUAUACAUUUUAUCAGUCGUACACCAGCGUUUAAAAGUUGUAGCAGAAAUGUUUGUAUUUUUUUUGUCUAGAUGUGGGUGGGAUCAAAGACACAACGUCCAAUCAGGCAUCACAAUAUCCGAACAUAACAGACGAAACACUACCAAAAUCUUAAAGGGGUCAUGUGAUGUGUCUUUUUUUUUUAAAGUCCAUUAUUUUGUUUAUUGGGUGUUUUAGAGUAGUUUAAGAUGCUUUGGUGCUUAAAAACAUUAUUUUUCACAUACUAUACAUUUAAUGCAGUACCUCUAUUCCCAGGCUGCCUGAAACGCUCCGAUUGAGUACGGGUUUCUCCAAAGCCCCUCCUUCCGAAAAGCCCAGAGUGCUCUGAUUGGCCAAAAACCUCCAGCGUGCGUCGGAAAUGUAACGCGCCUUAAUAUCUUCCAAGACGUCUGAAGCAAUUCUAAGCUUCUAAGCAUGACCGUUAAUAACGCAGUGGGUUUUACCGUGUCGGUUCGAGCCCGAGUCGGAUUCAGAAAAUGCGGAUGAUCGAGCAGAUCAAUCGGAACCAACUUUGCAAGCGCGACUUGAACAGGACGUUUCGUAAGUCUCUUACGUUUCAGAUACGAUGUUAUAAGGGUUUAAUUUGGCUUGUGCAAUCGACAGACGCAUUCCCACAGCUGAAUAUCAAAACUACAACACGAUAACUUUAGCUAGCAUGUUAGCAGAGGUCUACAACUGAGCCCUGGGCCACAAAACUCCGCAUUUGACCAGUCAGUAGCAGAUACGACAUAAAUUCAUCAAACGUACUUACAGGUUCUGAUUCAGAAACGCAAGAUGGGAAAGUGGGAAUCGCCCCAUUUUCUUACAAGUAGCCUUCGUGUAUAGCCUGCGUUGUACUCCUCCAGGUUCAGGAAGCUGUCCUCUGUAAAAUACGCUGUGCUCAAGCAAACGUGCGGUGGUUCUGCUCAGGAACAGCGUUUAUAAAUAAACACUAACCACUGAUUCCUAAUUUCAUCCAUUUUAGGAAGGCCAAACAAAGGGGUUUGGCUUUCGCAUCGAAACACGCCGCGUCUCCACGACACGCCCCUAACACAGUUCACCGAAGCCUCGCCUUCUUUCUUCGCGCCCGCCUUCGGGUGGGAUUAUGCUGAUGUUUCAAACAAGUUUGUAACAUCUGGACUUCAAUCGAGGCGUUUUAGGCGGGUCUGGAGCAGUGCUCUCUGUUCCAUAGAAUAAAUCCCUUUGUGGGAGAUGAUGAGCUUUGUAACUGUGCAGAUCUUCUACAUGCACACACACAGAUACAUUACACAUUAAAGGAGAAGGAAAACGUUAAAGGACAUCACAUGACCCCGUUAAUAGACGACCAUUAUAUAACUGUUUACAACAUUUUCACCCGCUGGAGCCUAUAAAACAUUUGUUUCUGUGGAAAGUCAUAUUGUUCGGUGUUUUUUUUUUUUUGUUUUUUUUUUUUUUGGGUCUUGGAGUGGAACAUUUUGUGAAUCAUGAAUAAAUAAUAAUAAUAAUAAUAAAAGGGAUUUUCUCUGACUAGACUAUUUUACAUUAACAUGGCUCAGUAGUAUACAUUUUAUUUGAUCUCACUGGAUCUAAUUUAUAACAACAAUCAGAAACAAAAAAACAUUUUAUUAAGGAAAAGGAGGAGAAAUUAAACAACUGGUACAAAAAAUAGAUUUUAUCAUCCGAUCAGCUCCUUGUUCUGUGAUUAGACAGUACAGUUGGUCUGUGUCAUAAAUGCACAUGGGGAUUUUGUUUUUGUUUUUAAAUAUUCUGUUUGACAUUAAAUUUAGAGCAGAUUUUUAGCUACAUUUCUAUGGAUCUGACCCGUCGGGGUUUCCUCCUACUUCAUGUAGAUUUAAACGUGGCAGCCACAUAGGGCUGACCAAUCAUGAUUGAGGAUCCAAGGUACUCUUGUCCACCUGCAAAGUUCUGGCAAUAGCUCUGUUUAAAUAUCCCAUAGAGAGUCGUAUAGAAAGUUCAGUGGAUAGUCCCAUACAUAGUUCAGUCAGUGUGUGUGUGUAUAUAUGAGUACCAUAAUUAGAAGAACAUUAGAAGAUAAAAUGGGGAAAUUAUUCACAAAGGGUUAUUUCUAGCAGUAUCUAGGUUCUGUAUAAUGUACAAUUAUAAAGUAAAAGAAAGGAAUAUCAUCUGGCAGAAGGUUUCCCCGACUGACGGGACUCUCAGUGAGUAGCGGCUGAACUGUGUUACAGGAUGAAAAUAUCAUCAUGUUAACUCCUCCACCCAGGUAGAGCGGUACCAGAGCUCUUUAUAGGCGAUGAGCACGUAGCCCUGGUCUGCUAUUGAUCUUCAUCAGAUGAAAACACUUCACAUUUAGAGUUACAAGUACAAAAUCUCCUGUUAAUAGGUGCCUUGUUGCAUUUAAGACCCUGAUCAUCUCCACUGUUCAUCACAUUAACAAGCAAAAGGCACAAAACAUAACUGGUCUGGAUCAAUAAUAAUGAUCUUACCGUAUUUCUGAGCCCUGCUGAAUACAAUAUGAAACGAGCUCAGGGAGUCCUGCGUCUCAUGGUCCUAUUAAACACCUUACACUCCAAUAUCAAUGUUUUAAGAGCAGGUAGAAAACACUACUACUAAUGACUACUAAUGUACUAGUCGUACCUUCAGAAUGAAGCUGUUCUCAGAGCUGGGGAUUUAAAGUGAGCGUUUUCUAUUUUUACGACACUAAACCUACAUGAAUCCAGCAGGUUUUGGAAAUCCAUGACACGGCGCCUUGAAGCAUAAAAAGAAAUUUGAUUAGUUAAAGAAACAUUUCAGCUCAGAAGAAGUCAAACUCCCGUGUAAACUAAAGCAGACGCCGGACUCCGAACACGGACUGUUCUGUUAAAGAUGGUGUGUACGGGAACGUGAACACUUGCACCUUGCUGGUUUUUUUUUUGAUCUGAUUGUGUGUUCCUAUCUGAUUUAUCUGUAACUGGUGGCUGGGUUUGAUUUGAUCCACGAUGUUUUUAAUUCAUCUGGGAUUAUAGAUGUGUGGAUGUGAUUUUGAGCGUAUAAAAAAAACACGAGGAAAAAUCCUGUGCUGCCGAGUGUGUGUUGUUUACUGUGUGUAUUCUUGUUGCGUUGUAAACACUGACGCAGACGUUGAGAAAUGAAUAAUAGUGGAGGAAAUCCGGCGUCGAAUACGGGAACUAGAUUAUUUUCCUGUAACGGCACGUCCCCACGUUUCAUUCCUCUUACACAACUGCAAUUUACCAACCAUUACAAUUUCUAAUUUAUUAAAGAAUGACACAUCA